AUGUUGUUUUCUCGCCUCUUUUCGGUCAGUUUACUGGCUGCGGGAGUGCAUGCUCAAGCAACGUCAGAAAGUACUUCGAGUUUGAGUUCGAGGUCAAGUUCGAGAUCUAACACAGAUUCCACAUCAACGGAGACUGAUUUAACGACAAUAACGGGGUCGGAAUUAAGAACUCCCACAGGAUCUUAUCUUUCUCUUUCCACUACAAUUACACUUUCUACAUCUUCAUCCCCUGUAUCGACUAAAGCUAUAAUCUCGACUUCAACUGGUAGCACCACCACUCGCACCACGACUUUGGGGUCAACUACAAUCUAUGCAUUGGGCACAGAGACGUUGACCGGAAAUGCAACAGAAUCAACCAGUUCCGCUACGCAGAUUGUUCUGACGGGUGGAGGACGUCAUACCACCACCACUGCCAUCAAUGGAACAUCCAAUUCCACAGCCACAUCCACCUCCAGCUCUGCCGUAGCAACUAACACCACUCCCUGUAACAACUAUGUUGAAUUUUGCGACCGCAGUUACGGAAACAUCACCGAAGUAUCCGCACACAAUUCUCCCUUUGUGAGAAGUGGUAGCGCGGCUGCAAAUCAAGCAUUGGAUGUGACAACCCAACUCAACGAUGGCAUCAGAUUAUUACAGGCUCAGAUUCAAUGGAAUGGAAGUAUUCCACAUUUCUGCCAUACUUCCUGUGAUAUAUUGGACGCCGGUCCGAUCACAACGUAUCUGAGCGAAGUCUACGAUUGGGUGCAAGCCCACCCCUUCGACGUCGUCACCAUUCUCCUCGGCAAUGGAAAUUACUCCAAAGUCGACAAAUACGUUCCCUUUAUCGAAGAAUCCGGUCUCCAAAACUUCGCAUACGUACCCCCCAAGAUUCCCAUGGCGCUAGACGAUUGGCCCACCCUCGCCAGCAUGAUUCUCAGCGGCAAGAGAGUCGUCUUCUUCAUGGACUACGAAGCAAACCAAACCGCCUAUCCAUGGAUCCUCGACGAAUUCACACAAAUGUGGGAAACGCCUUUUGAUCCUACCAAUCGCUCAUUCCCAUGUACACCACAACGCCCACCCAAUCUUCUCGAUUCCGAUGCGAAAUCGCAUAUCUACAUGACGAAUCAUAAUUUGAACUACGACAUCAAUCUCCUGGGCAUUUCACUGUUGGUCCCAUAUCAAAAUUUGCUGAAUGAGACGAAUAAUUCCACGGGAUAUGGAUCGUUGGGAAUGAAUGUCGAGCAAUGUGUGCAGGAUUGGGGAUUUCCACCAAAAUUCCUGAAUGUAGAUUUCUACAAUGUGGGACAAGGAAGUGUGUUUGAAGUCGCCGCUGAGUGGAAUAAUGUCACAUAUAAUCGAGAAUGCUGUGGUAGUUCGGCGAAGAGUGAUGCGGGAAGGUUGGAUGUGGUAGGGAGAAGUGCAGUCAUGCUUGUGAUGGGUGUGCUGGGUUUCAUGUAUUUUGGAUUGUGA